AUGGACCCUUCCCGUUCCAAUACUUCGCCGCAAUGGCCGCCUGUGUGGCGCGCACAUGCGCCCGAGGCUAGGUGGAACCAUGACUGGGAGCAUGGGGAUCUGCCGCCGACCUACGUGACGACGCAAAUGUACGGUCCCACUCAGCUGGAUUCACACACGCAAGGUCGGCAGAGAUCGCACUCGCACAUCACUAACACAGGCGCACUCGUCUCUCGCCCGACACCCACCGCAAAGCGCCCAAGGCAAAUCGAAGACUCCGACCUGGCACAAUUUCGCUCGGGGCCAAUACCGAUCGAUAGUCGUGCAAGAUCUCAGACCAUCGCCGCAGCUCUACCGACCCAAUCAGGGUCUACUAGCUCUCAAAUGAGCGGCUUGCAAGGUCAAAAUCACGCAUAUGAGCGACGGAACGCUGCAAUAGAAUUGUUGCGUGAGUUGCUGAGGGUUACCUCAGUCAAGGCGCAGCAAUUCAUGUGCGUAUGUCUCCUUCACAGCUGGGCCCGGACUUCAUGCUGCUGAAAGCGCCACCUAUCCAACAGAAGAGCACCUGGACGCUAUACAGCAGACACCGUACAGUCUCGAUGCUCGAGUGAUUUCAGAGGUGCUAGCUCACGAGCCGCCCCUUCCUGCCGGCUUUGCUGGUGCGCCCACGCCCAAGGUCGAUUUCGAGCGCCAUGGCUUUCUCAUGAGCGCACUGUGCUCACGCACCUACUCUGGAAGUGAGUGCAGUCCGUAUCAGCUUUCGCAUCUGCUGACACACCUGCUCCCAGAAAACUUGUGCCAUGCCUCCAAAGAGAAGUUUACCGGCCUCAAAGCGUACGUGUGUUUGCCUCCGCAUGACAGACAAGACAAGUUCAGAGUGGUUCCUUCCGAGGGCUCAACUGUCAAACAAGGAUCCAAGGGCCAAUUCCAUCUCGCCAUCGAGGCGUUUCCAAACGUUCGUUGUGCGUGCUGGCAUCCUCUUCUCAUGUUGCAAAACCCGGCCAUCCAACCUUGAUUACAAUGACAUUGUCAUACUUCUUUCACAGAUCCUGACGUGCUCGAGGGCGGAUAUGCGCUUUUGUUCGUCCAGCGCAAGGACGAGAAUGACCAGUGGCUCUUUGAUUCAAUGGUGGAAUAUGCGGAUGACCCGAAAUCGGCAAUAAAAGAAGCAGUCAUCGGACACCUUCAAAAUCCACAGUCGGACGGCGGACGUGGGAGGUUCUUGUGGCGCGACAAGAUCAAAGACGCUUCUGGAUCACCGGGACGACCACUUGCGUUCCUGAUUGCUCGCUCAGCUUUGAAAAAGGAGAAGGACAUACGGCUUUGCAGCUUGUGAGUCAUGGGAGCGGCCUCUGCCAAUGUUCGUCUCUUACUUUUCUGUACUCAAAUCUCUCCUACAAAUGCACGGAAAGGCGGCUUCGGGUGAGCUUCCACAAUCGCGACGGCUCCAUUCUCCGUGACGAGGAUGGCCGUGCUAGCAUCUGUGAUACCAACGAGUUCACUUGGCUCAGCACGAAAACUGUCACGAAUAGGGAAGCGUCAGGAAGCGCUGGAAACAAAAAGGGGAAGCGCUCGAGCGAUGCCGAAAUUCGAAAUGACCGAGAACACUCUGGCACUGGGGCUGGUGAAGACCACUCCGAACCUCACGGCCAGCGGCAAGACCAGCAGCAACCAAAAGUUUCGAUCGAAGCGUUAGCAGAACUCGCCAAAAGUGUGAGAUGCUCAGUGACACGACGGAGAGAACCGCAAUAGGUGACUGACAAUUGGCUAGUCGUCUUCGUCGCUGCUAUCACCCAGCUAAGCAUCGGCGAGCUCAGUCGGCUGUCACACGCAUUCGAUGCACAGCUCCGGACCAGAGACGAACAGUGAGCUGGGAAUAUGCAUAGAACCGAACCUGCAAUUUUCUCACAUUUCCCCUCUAACGCAGCUUGAGCGACCGCAUAGGUCUGCGACCUUCGAGAUACGAUGGCCGGGAGCCGCCUCAUCUCGUUCGGCUUAGCUCGUUACAAGGCCUUCCAGGGCACGAAGAGCGUGUUGCCGCGGUAGCCCACCGUCUAGGCCAGCUUCACGGAAGGCGCGACGCCGAGUAUGUCGGCAGCCAAGCUUUGAACACUGGGAACGUGGAAGGAGGCCUCGCCCGAUAUGAACAAAUUCUGCCAAACUACGCGGCAACGACUGCCCAGAUGCGAAUGGAAUUCGUCGGCCUGCAUCUGGAGGCGCUCCACGCGCGUUUGGUAGGCAUGGCUGGUUUCAUGCGAGCGUCCCGAUUUACAUGCGCCUGGUUAAGAGCAGUCGGCAACAUCUACCCCGACUUUAUUGGUGUCGACAGCCGUCCAGAUCAUCAGCACGUCGUUUACUUUUUGGGCGAGGCCAGCCACCCGGAGAUCGACAUUGGCACAUACGCCCAGCUGUACCCGCUGGCUCGGCACGCCUUCACCUCGCGAGUGCCUUUCGAAGACUUAGAGAGAGUCAUUUGCAGACCAUAUUUGAUGGGAUUGCAGUCACAAAACGUGCAUGACAUCUGGACAGACUCGCCUCGAAGCGGUGAUGGGUCCGAUUGGAUGCCGGAUCUCGGCCACCAUCCAAUCUCGGAGAAUGGCAGUGGGUACCACGGCCCGUGGGACUCGGCGUUUGCAAGCACGACUUGGCCCACGACUGCUGCACCGCCUGCACCGCAGUCGGAAAACACACAGCAAGCCAUGUGGCCUGAUGUGCCAAACUCACGUAGCCAGAAUGCUUCUGUCAAUGUGACUGGAGCCACUACACCCUCUUCGCAAACGGCAUCAUCAUCGGGCUUGGAGUUUUCGCAUCUCGGGCCCGAAAAUCGCGAGCGAUUUGACUUGCUUAUGCACUGCAUCCACAUCGACUACUUUUUGUUCAAUCUCGUUCUCAAGCGUUGGGAUAGUGUCCGUCGGUUAGAAGUCAGGCUACUUCAAGAGGAUGCUAUCUUGUGCGCUCGCUACCCUGAGGCCUUUCGACCACUACCUCUUUACGAUCUCUCCCUGUCUCCCUUGGAUACUCUCCUGCAACGAAGUUGA